AGGCUGCCGAAGGGGAGGAAGCAGCAGGAGCCGCUGAGCAGAGGGGACGAUCCAGCUCUCAGAUGCUAGGCCUCCUGGGGAGCGCGACUCUCGUGGGGUUGAUCACAGGAGCUGCUGUGGCCCUUCUGCUGCUGCUGCUGCUGCUGGCCACCUGCCUGUACGGGGGACAGCACGACCAUGACGUGGAGGGGAACCGUCGGGCUGUAAGGAGAAACCGAGUUCGGCGGACCCAGCCUUGGUUCUUCCCGGGCCGGGGCCGCCUGGGACACUUUCACCACCCCCAUCAUCUUGGCCACAUGCCUCACGGACACCAUGCGGGCCUCCACCACCACCACCUCCACCACCACCACCUCCACAAGGCCCGCUGCCACGCCCACCGAGGCCACUGCUGAGGCCUGCUCUACCAUCUCCAGAAUGAAUGGAUUCCCAUGUUCCCCUGCGGAAGGGCACAUCUCUGUGGUGAACGCUGGGGACUGCGCCUGGGUCUUGCUUGGGCUUCAUUUGCAUAUGGUGCCCCACUGAAACACGGAGGCAGAGGACAGAAGAACACCCGGGGUGGCCCUGCGCACACUGGAGGGCGAGGAGGGUGAGAGCAGGGGUGAUCUUUUGGGGAUGGACAUCACCUUGUGACUGCCACUCCCAGCGGGCACCCCGAGUGCACUGCUGCACUCUGACGCGGGAGAGGUGUGCUCGCUUCCUCGGAAGUGCUCCUCUUCUGACAUCCUCAGGCUUGGGGUGGGGGGCUGGCUGGGAGGGGCCUGGCAAUGCCUUUUCAUUUGGAGAAAGCAGUAUAAGGCUGCACAGGUAAUUCACUGGUGCCUUAAUACCAAAUAAAAUAAAAUAAA